AUGGUUCAAAUAGAAGAAAUUCCAUCAGAGCCAGUGGGUAUUCCCAUCAAAAAGACGGAGCCGAUUAAAGAAAAAACAGACACAAUUAAAGAUGAAAAAGUUAAACCAAAGAAAAAAGCGAAACGGUUCACUAUUUCCCUGAAUAACGUAGAACCAAAGAGUGCAGAAAAGGACGAAAACAGCCGUGAGUCAAAGCUGGAGAAAGAACUGGACUGGAACUCGAACAAGUCAAAUUUCCCGCGCAUGACCAAAGAGGCGAUUAUGGAAAUCUGCAAGAAGAACAAACAGUAUCGAACUCCUUACCUUAAUGAUCAGCUUUACCUUCAUUUCAAAGGGUGGUGGCGAAUCGAAAACCUCGAAGAAUAUACUGGAGUGCGAUGUCUCUGGCUUGAAUCGAAUGGUUUGCGAAAAAUUGAAGGUCUUGGUGAAUGCCGACUUUUGAGAAGUCUGUAUUUGCAACAAAAUCUCGUUGAAAAAAUUGAGAACCUCGAAAAUUGCCAAAUGCUAUGCACACUUAACUUGGAGUCAAACUUGCUGAAGAAACUCGAGAAUCUCGAUUGCCUCCCGGAUCUCCAGUCACUGAACAUCUCAAAUAACCACGUCUCAACUUAUGAAGGAUUGCUUCAUCUAAAGGACCUGAAAAAAGUCUCUGUUUUGGACUUACAAAAUAAUCGGAUCGAAGACCCAAGAGUGGUUGAAAUAUUCGAAGCGAUGGAAAGCUUGCGCGUCCUCAAUCUAUCCAAAAACUCUGUCGCCAGCAAAAUUAGAAACUACAGAAAGACGAUGAUUGUGCGUUGCAAGGAGCUCACCUACCUCGAUGACCGGCCCGUUUUCCCUCGAGAUCGGGCCUGUGCCGAAGCAUGGAUGAAAGGCGGCAUCGAAGCGGAAAAGGAAGAACGCCAAAAGUGGCAAAACAAAGAUAGACAGAAGAUGAACGCUUCCAUCGCGUAUCUUAGAAAUCUCAGAGAAAAAGCCGAAGCGAAGAGAGCCGCCGCAAAAGCCGCUGGCGAGGAAGAUUACCAAAGCUCUUCCAAUGAUAGCGAUUCCUCAAAAUCUGAAGAGGUAGAGCAGCCUUGCACUCGUCCACUUCAUGAGCUUAUGAAUGAAGAAUCAACCAACGAGGACGCAAAUGUUUCGGAAAAGUCAUUCUCUAUGGACGACCUCCCAGAUCUUGAAACUGUUGAUGCAGCCGGAAUGCAAGAAUUGACGAAACCGGCGCCGAAGGGCUUCCGAAACGUCACGAUCUUGAAUGAUUCUGAUAGCGAGUCUGAUUCAGAUUCUGAAGAUAUAGUUUUAAACGUCCCUUCGACUACGACCGUUCCCGUCGAGGAAAAGUCGAGUGCAGAACAGCCACAAAGCACAUUGUUAGAAGCAAAAUCGGAAGCUUCUUCCAUUCUUAACAUCGCCCAGCAAACUAAGCCCGAAGAAGAUGUAGAAAUGCUCUUCCAGAAAGUUGAACGGCCGCAGGAACCUAUUAUGCAAGCGCCCGUCGCAUCUGCAGCUAAGCCAAUGAUCCAAGAGCUCGAUUCCGAUGACGAGGAAUCGUAA